CCUUUCAACCAAUCAGCACAAUAUCAUCAAAUCAUAUCCUUUCCUUCCACACAUUCUUUCACCAGAAAGCAUAUCAUAAUGAAACAAAACUAACUUGAUCAUAUUAUAUUUGCCUUUUCACCCAAGCAAACUUUCCCUCUGAACCAAAAGAAAAAAAAAAACCUUUCUUUCUUUCUUUCUAGUCCCUCAUUUGUCCCUUCCUUUUUGUUUAUCCCUCUCUUCUGCUCUGUCAACUUCAGUCCUUCUCCCUCAGAUUAUAUCUGAUAUCCUCUCUUUAUCAUCUCCAUGUGCCAUCCCCCCUCCUCCUUACCAACCCCUUUUUAUACUUGUCUCAUUCUCUUAACUUUCUAUUGAACCCAAUCUCAUUCUCAGUUCUCUCACCAAUAACCUUUCUCACUUUUGCUUUUUAUCUGCAAUAAUUCUCAUAAUAUAGUUUUAAAAACAUUAGUCCCUUGUCCCCAGCUGCUGCGCUUUUGUUUGCUUCUCUUUGUAUCCUUUCUUUCAGUUCCAAUCCAACCCUUUUGAUCAUCAUCAUCAUCAUGGAAGUUGAAUUGCAUCAACAUCAAAACCAACAACAAAAUAAUGGGCAGCAGCUACUUCUGAACGAAGAUGGUGGCAGUAACAACAAAAGCAGCAGUUUCUUGUGCAGGCAAAGUAGUACGAGGUGGACUCCAACCACUGAACAGAUCAGAAUCUUGAAGGAUCUGUACUACAACAAUGGGGUUAGGUCUCCCAGUGCUGAUCAGAUUCAGAGGAUUUCGGCUAAGUUGAGGCAGUAUGGGAAGAUUGAAGGCAAGAAUGUGUUUUACUGGUUUCAGAAUCAUAAGGCUCGUGAAAGGCAGAAGAAAAGGCUUACUACUACUGAUCAUGUUGUUGCCCAACCACCUCCUCCUCCCAUGCAAAGAUCUGGUCUUUGGAGGCCUGAUGAUCAAUCUUUCUACCCAACUUCUGCACCAUCCAAGUACCCUAACAUCACUGCUAAUAAUGGCGCAAUACCCUCUUCAUCAGGUUGUGCAUCUGGACUUGCUGCUGCUUAUAAUAACCUGGUGGGAAACAAUGUGUAUGGAUCUUUGGCUAUGGAGAAAAGCUUCAGGGAUUGCUCCUUGGCAAAUGGUUUCUGUGGAGAUAACAACAAACCCAUGAUGACCAACAGCUUCUCGUGGGCUGCUUCCGGGCCGUUGGUUGAUCCCAUGUACAAUCCUUCCCCAUAUCCAAUUUAUGUCAAGAAAGAUUCCAGCUUUGGUGAAGAAGAGGAGGAAGAAGAGGAAGUCCCUGAAAUUGAAACCCUGCCUCUGUUUCCAUUGCAUGGUGAAGAUUCUGGGUUCAACAAACAACAACCAAAUGGGAAUGCCUAUUAUUCUUCCUGGUAUCCUCAGUACUCUAAUGGCGGUGUCAAUAUGGCUUGUUCUCGAGCUUCCCUUGAACUCACCCUCAAUUCCUAUGGCGUCGGCUGGUCUUCUAACAACUAAUUAAUUAUUAAUUCCAAUAUAUUAUUGAAGAAAGGAAAAACAAAAAAAUGGGGGUGUCAUGCAGUUUCUAAUUUCGAUCUCUCCCCUUUCCUUAAUUAUGCUAAAUUUACGUACUUAAGUAUAGUUAAUUAAUUACUUUCUCUAUUUAUGUAUAUGAUGUGUACAUUUGCGAAGAACUGCUCAGGUUUCCUUCUGAUAAUGUUGCUGGUUAUGUGAUAUAGUAGUGUUUCUGUUAAUGUAUGAUUGAUUUAUUAUGUUUCUUCUAAACGACCCAAAAAGGAGAAACCCACAUAGUUGUACUUGCUAAUGAAACUAAUCCUUGAUUAAUUUGUCUUGAUUAAGUAAAAAUGAUAGUGUAAUAAGUACUGCCCAGAAGCCACACAGUUGCCGACAGAGAUUUUGGGUAGGGACCCUCCUCAAUAUCGGAAAUUGGUUCUUUCUGAUAUAAAUUCUGAUACUGAAGUGAAG